GCGGUGAGAACGAGUACUGCAUUUUACUUGAAAGUAGGAACAGAAAAUCCGUGUUUGGUCUGCAGCACCGAUUCUUUUUAGUCGUUGCACUGAAGCCCUUGUUGGUUUCCAGUGGCAACGCGGAUUGGGUGUUGCAGCUACUUUAUUUAUUUCUGCUUCCUUACAUAAAGAUACUCUGCACUAUGACAAGUGAAACUGAAGCAAGUGAAAGACAAAAUGUGUCUAGAAACUAUGAAGAUGAGUCUUUUGAGUCAUGGCCAAGUUCCAAGAGCAGCAGCACUGUGAAAUAUCCUGGAGACUCCCUUGAUCCCUGCUCUGUUGAAUCUGGAAGGACAGAGAGUUACAGCAGCAGCGAGUCAUUCGAAUCAUACUGCUCUCAUGAGGAGUUCAGUCCACACACUGAGAGUAGACCAGCUUCCUCUGUAAAGGAAUACCAAGAUGAGGAGUUUGAGUCCUGUGACGAUGCAGGGAUCACAGCAGAGGAAGAGCUUGCAGAAAAAUGGAUGAGAGUUCUGAAGAGUAAAGCUUCCUUUUCGACUGUGAGCCAGGAAAGGAGAUCAAACGCUUCUCCCCAAAGAGAUGUUCUGGAGCUUUGCCCUGAAGAGUCGAAAGCUGUGAAAUCUUUUUGCAGGGAGAAGAUCAGAAAAAUGGGACGCUGGCAGAAACGAUCCGAGUGCUGCAGGCACAGGGAGCAGCAGCAGUCUCUACCAGGUUCAGCGCAGCGAGAGACAACAUUAAACUGCAGGAUCCCUGAGCACCUAGUUACCAGGUUACAACUAAAACACAUCAUGGAGAUAGUGAAGCAGGCAACAGAAGUGGAGAUACACCAGCCAUCAAUGUGCAGUGCCUGUCUGUCUAAAAGAGCAGAACUAGCGAGAGAGAGCUUUAUUAAAAUAAAGAAGACCCAACUGGAAUCUGUAUUGCUGCAAGAGAAGCUUGAAGAAAAUCUGUACAACAGAGAUCCUAUCUGCCUGGUGGGAGAAGUACUGAAAGACCUUCCGAAACUUUCUGAUGACCCCAGCAAGAUCUGGCAUGCACUGAUCAAAAAGGAGCAAGUGGCAUGAUUCUAAAGAAAGCUUACGUGUUUGAAACAAACAGCAACCAUUUGGCAACCAUUCCAUUCACUAUGCAUUAAAGAAUGAGAACAACGUCUGUUUUGUACUAAUUUGCACAUCAACCCUAACCCAAGACCUGCAGCCUGGUAAACAAAGAAACCAGCAAGGCUUCUUCAGGACGGUACUACAAUACUUGUAUGUUUUGCAAAGACAAUUUCUUAAACGUUUUUUUUUUUUUGUGCCAAAAGUUUUUAAACUUGCAGUUGGAGUUUUAUUACCAUUGCUGUACUUUAAUGAUCUUCGUCAGCACUGUGCACAUGUCAAAGGGUUUGUUUUAGAGGUUCUGAUGCAGCCGCUUAAACUUUCAGCAGGUUAUUAGAUUAAGAACAUUGCCUUUAUAAAAGGUGCCUAAAUAUAUCUCUAAAUGGUAUGGUCUCCUAAAGUUAAUGCUGUCAUGUAGUGAAACCCAGUUAAGCUGCAAAUGUAUAAAUGUACAAGUGUAUUUUAAAUGGACCUUAGAUGGUGAAUCUGAGCCUGAAAGAAGUUAAUAAUGGAUUUUGCAACAGUGCAUUAGAGUAUCAGGGGCCCGUAUAAUGAAAUAAUAAAGUUGGAUGAUGGCUUGUUUAUUUAACUUUAUUAAAGUGUAUCAUCAAAAACAAGAAAUGCAGUUCUAGUACCGGUAAAUACUUCAUUCUGCUAUGUGGUUCAACAAAUCAAGUAUGCUGGUAAGUGCAAAAGGAAAUACAUUGUGUUUGUAGCCCAAAAGAUUUAUAAUAACACAAGUGUUUUAUCUCGGUAACUUAAAAGAAAAAAAAAAAAAGUUGAUUUAAUUCAUAAACUUCCACAGUAGAAACUGUAAAUUGAUGCCAUUGUCGAUUAAUGCAAGUUUUUGUAAAACAAAAAACCAAUCUUACAUUUUUCCAAUUUGUCAUUGUGGCAGAGAAACUGAUUUAGUUGUGUUAUGAUCCAUGUGCAUAAAAAACGUGCCUGUCCUGUUUAAACUCAGAGGCAGAGUAAAGAGCCGGGCAGCAGCAAACUGAUAAAAGGUCAGUUAUGUAAUGAAUUAGCAUUCGCAGAGGGAUACAUUACACAUGCAUAUUGAUAUAAAGACUGUAUCAGCUGUACAUUUUUAAAGGUGUCUCUUGAGGUUUUAUUAUUAGGGUGUUUAGCUGCUGCGUAAUGAGCAUUUUAAAUGAACCGUAUGCAGAGCGUAGCCCUCCAAUUUGAUGAGGGGCUAUCGCAAGAAUCAAAACCAUAAUCUUGAAAAAUGAAUAAUGUUCCCUGUGGGGGGUGUAAUACACCUGUCUUUGAGAAUGGACUUUGAAUUACUUACCAGGCAACUGCGUUUUAAUAUAAUGUCCGGUCCAUUGUCAGCCAGUAUUGUCCCUGGAGUGAAUUUUUUUAUCAUUCUAAGUAUGAAAGUUCAGAGGUAAAUAAUGAUUACUAAACUGCAUUGCAAGAGAACACUUUUGUGAUUCAUGAUAUUUGAAGAUGCCAAGUGUUAAGACAGGACUCCAAUAGAACAUGUUUUAUUGCAUUGUAUUACUAUAUAUAUAUUUUUUAAUAACUUCCCUAUGAUUUUGAUUGUUGUGUAACUUCCUACAGGGCAGGCUCCUGCUGCUCCUCUUUCAGUUUGUUUGCCUGUUUCUUCUCGGUGAAGUUGUGUCAGUAAAGAAUUCAUUAUCUCAACAAUCCAUACCAUCCUAAACCCCAGAGACCCAAUUCUAUUUUAAUCAAACAGUGCUCUGCACUCUCUAACAGAGGAGGCACUGAAGGAUUGAAGAAACAGAACCAGCAAGCAAUUGAUUGAAUAAAAGGUUCCUAGAAAUGCAUUAAAAACUUAUUGCAAAAAUAAGAUUGAAAAAGAC